AUGGUCAAAAUGCUGCAGAAGAAGUUACUUCCAGAGGUACUUGAUAACACUGAGGGAGUGGAAGAAAAUAUAGAGGAUGGUCAAAAUGCUGCAAAAGAACUUCCAGGGGUACUUAAUAACCAAUUUGAUAACACUGCACCUCUUAAAGUUCAGGCUCAGGUGCCACCUGAUCCACACGAUCCUGCAGCUUAUAAUCAUCCUCAUGCUAUUGUUGAUGAUGAUGAGAAAUUGAUUAGAACAGAAUUAGAGAGGGAUAAAUACAAGAGAGAGGUUGAGGACAAGGAACAUCUGAUCAAAGAAUACGAAGAGACAAAUAUUAGACUUCAAAAACAACUGAAGUUGGCACAAAAAUCAAUAAUUGUGAUGCAAAAGGAAAAAGAUGAACUAAUGAAGGGGAAGGAGGAAGCGGAGAGGGAAAAGGACCAGUUGGCUAAAAAGUUAGAAGACAUGGAGUUGAUGGGAAAUGUUGAAGUAACUGAAGUUCGUAAAGAGAAGGAGAGAGAGAUAGCCAAGGCAAUGGAAGCAGUUAAACGUGAAAACAAAAAGAAGGAAGAGCUUCAGAAGGAACUGAAUGACAUGGAGGCCGACAAAAUAGACCAACUUCAACUUCAGAAAGCAACAGUUGAUGAUUUGAGAAUUAAACUAGCACAAAAAGAGGAAGACAUUCUCCUAGCACAAGCAGAAACUGCUACAGAGAGAAAAGAGAAAGAAGCAUCGCAGGAACAAUUACUUAAAGAAAAAGAGGAAGAGAAGGAAAGAUUACAGAAGCAGCUGGAAGACUUAAAAACAGAGCACGAGAUCAAACUGAGGGAACAGAAAGAGAAGCACAAAUUCAGAAAGAAAGAACUGAAAAGUGAAGUGGAGAGACUGACAAAAGCUGAAAAACUCCGACAAAGUGAAGUUCCUGAUAUUGGUGGCACUAAACGAGAGACUGAGCUUGAGAGAGAACUGGGUAUAGAGAAAGAUCACGUGACUAGCCUUCAAGAAAGAAUAGCCACCAUGAAGGAAGGACUCCAGGAGGAGAGGAUCAAGGCAAAAGAUAAAGAGAAGCUUCACAAACAAGAAUUGGAGAGAGAGAGAGCUCAAAUCAAAGUAUUAACUGAUGACAGAGCUAAUCUUGAAAGAAAACACAAGCAGGAAGUAGCUAGUUUGAAGGAGCAAUGGAAUAAUGAAGUAAAGCAGCUUAAGAAUGAAUUAAUUGCUCGUCAGAAAGAUAAUGAAGAAAUGAAGAAUGAGCUGGAACAAAAAAAAGCUGAGACAAGACGCUUGAAGCACUCAGAAGAAGAGCAAAGGACUGGAUUAGAAGAGAAGGAGGCUGAGCUCAAGAAAGUUCAAGAUGAUAAUGAUAAAAUGAAGAAUGAGCUGAAACAAAAAGAAGCUGAAACAAGACGCUUGAAGUACUCAGAAGAAGAGCAAAGAACUAGAUUAGAAGAGAAGGAGGCUGAGCUCAAGAAAGUUCAAGAUGAAAGAAACCAAACUGUAUCUCAAUUACUUCAAAGAGUUAAAAAUCAUGAGAGUACUAUAGCUCAAUUAGAAGAGCAGCUGGGAGUUAAAAAUGCAGAGAUUGAUAUUUAUAAGCAAGAUUUUGAUAAUGAGAGAAAGGAUCGUGAAAAUGCUCACUCCAAAGUGGCAGUAUUAGAAGUGAAAGUGAUGGAAUUGACAGCACACCUAGCAGAGAAAGAGACUGAACUAGCUGAAGCAAGGAAGGAGUCCAAAAAGCUAAGAAAUAAAAGCAAAGAAUUGGAACAAGGAGAGACGGACAGAGUAAAGGAAAUGGAGGAUGAGAUUCAAGUAUUGACUGCUCAAGUCAAUGCUUACAGUCGGGAGGUGGACAGACAAAAGAGAUUAGUAACUCAGAGUCAAGAGAAACAAAAAAAUGAGGUCAGUGAGUUAAAUGAGAGACUUGCUAAUGAAAUACAGUCCAAGCAACAACUGGAUGGUGAGCUGGCUAGGAUGAGACAACAGUUAGCCAAUGUAUCUGCUAAUAGAGAUGAAUUAUUAACAGCAUACAAUAAGGAACAGGCUGCUGUUACUAGUCUAGAGCAGCAGCUUAAUAGUACAAGGAAAGAAUUGGAUAGAGCAAAAAAAGAAUCUGCUACAAUGAAAGAUGCUAAUACAGUCUUGUCUAAAAGACUUAAAAGUGUUGGAAAAGAUGUUAGCCAUGAGCCAAAACGUGAUCAUUAUCCAUACAAUCGUCAUCAUGACAUUGAGCAAAGCAACGAAGGACCUCAAUCUCUUGAUAGUAUAUCACCACACACUCCAUCAUACCAGCAGCACCCUCAAUCACCCAAUAUACACAUCUCUAAUGUUCACAAUAUUCCUAUUGUUAGUGCUGAUGGAGGAGACGAAGGACAUCAAUAUCAAGAGAGAGAUAGGAGGAGGGAUGGACCAAGACGUCUUCAACAUAAUGCUUCAGACAGUAAUAUUCAAGAUCAACCGGGAGGAGCUGCUAACAAUUACAGACCCAGAUCACACAGCAAUGAGACUGAGAGACAAAGAGUAGCCAAUCAGAGGAGACAAGAAGAAGAAAGAAGACGGAGGCAACAUGAAGAAGAAAGAAGACGGAGGCAACAUGAAGAAAUGAGAAAAGGACAGGAGGAGGAAGCAAGAAGGAUUGAGGAGGAUAUGAGAAGAAGAUACGAUGAGAACAUAAGGAGGCAGAGAGAGAGGGAAGCAGCAGAAGAAGCUGAAUGGGAAAAGGCACGACAAGAAGCUGAUAGACUACUUAAAGAUUUGGAUGAAUUUAGAAGACAAGAUGCUCACCAUCCACCUCGUUCGCCAUUAGCUUCAAGUCAAAAUAUACAUAAACGCAAGCACCAAGAAUCAGUAGCAACCCAGGAACGAGAAGAAAAACCGAAAAAGAAAGGAAAGCAGCAACGGAAGACUGAUGAUGAUUCAGACUCUGACAUUGAAGAGAAUAAACUGAUUGAUAAUAUUGAUGAAGAGAUACAGCAAAUGGCUGAAGAUGUACGUAAGGGAAGCAGAGGCCCUACUACAGCUGAGGUUCUGUUUGAUGAUGGUGAUAGUUCGUUACCUUACGACCCGAAUCUAGUUUGCCCAAAGUGCGGAAAACAAUAUCGUGUGGGGGAGAUCCAGAAAUUGAGGAGACAUAUAAAUGAAUUCUGCACAGGAAUAAGAUAGAUAUAAUUGUGACUGUGACUGUCUAAUCUACAAGUUUUGUUAACAUUU